AUGACACCUCCAAUUGCCACACCAACAGAUGGCGAGGUGCCAGGUGAGCCAGUCCUGAAGAAAGCCAACGGAACAAAUAGUGUUCGCGAGAGGAAAGAAACGAAUGGAGUUAAAGGCACGCAUACGAAUGGUCACAGCAUCCCGGAUUCGCAAAAAGGAUUUUCUAUUCCGCUCAACACAGAAUACGCUUACAAAGCUCGCAAGCUACGUGUAGUAACCAUCGGAGCCGGCUUCUCGGGGUUGUUGAUGGCACACAAAAUUCAGCAUCGGUUUCCAGAGCUUCAAGAAUUUGUCGACCACACUAUCUAUGAGGCUCGAAGUGAUGUCGGGGGCACCUGGUUGAUCAACAAUUAUCCCGGUGUUCAAUGUGAUGUCCCAUCACAUAUCUACGCAUUUCCGUUUGAUCCUAAUCCCAACUGGAGUCGGUUCUACUCCAGCGGGGAGGAGAUCGAAGAGUAUAUCAAGAGUACAGUGGAAAAGUGGAAUCUCGGCCGUGAUAUCCAGCUGAAUACGAAAGUAAUUGGCGCCACAUGGGAAGAAGAUACAGGAAGAUGGCACCUGACAGUUGAGCACAAUGGAGAGCAGCGGGAGGAUUACUGUGAUGUUCUGAUAUCAGCACAGGGUGUUCUUGUCCACCAUUCAUGGCCUGAUAUCCCAGGGCUCCAUGACUUUAAAGGUCACAUUACACAUUCUGCACACUGGGACCAUAAUUAUGACUAUUCCCAUAAGCGUAUCGCAGUUAUCGGGAAUGGCUCAUCUGGCAUCCAAAUCACACCUCAGAUGGCCAAGCUACCAGGAACUGAAGUGGUCAACUUCAUGCGCAGCCCUGCUUGGGUAUAUUACCGGGUGCCUCCAUCAAAGCAUCUAGGAAGGGAUGUCGAAGACGCCAACCCGGCCUAUUCUGAAGAAGAAAUUAUGAAGUUCAAUGAUCCAGAAUCGCACAAGGAAUAUCGAAAAGCCAUCAUUUCAAGAACUAAUAAAGCUUUCCGCUUGUUUAUCAAGGGCGAGAAUAAUGAGGCAGCCGUCAAGUUUGGUGCCCAACAGAUGGCCGAAAAGCUCAACCAUGAUCCUGAUCUAUGCGAGAAGCUUAUCCCUAAAUGGGAGGUUGGCUGUCGCCGUGUUACUCCAGGACCUGGAUAUCUGGAAGCUUUCGCAAAGCCGAACUGCAAUCUGAGCAAUAGCACAAUCACAAAGAUCACCGAGAAUGCAGUGCACACCGCAGAUGGAAAAAUCUUUGAGUGUGAUGUUGUUAUCUGCGCAACGGGCUUUGAUGUCUCUCAUCGUCCUCAUUAUCCAAUUGUUGGCCAGAAUGGUAUCAAUUUAGCAGAGAAAUGGGCCGAAGAGCCGGAAUCAUACUUAUCUGUCGCAACUUCGAAUUUCCCGAACUAUUUUAUCAUGAUGGGGCCAAAUUGUCUUGGAGGCCAUGGCUCCCUAGUGGAAUCACUUAAUUGGACAGGUGACUAUUUCGUCAAGUGGAUCAAGAAAAUGGCAACGGAAGAUAUCAAGUACGUGGUACCUAAGAAGUCGGUCGAAGAUGCAUUUGGGAAAUACGCCGAUGAGAUCCACAAGACUCUGGUCUGGACAGGCGGCUGCAAGAGUUGGUACAAACGCAAUCGAGUUGAUGGCCGGGUGACCGCCUUGUUCGGAGGAAGCGCCAUUUUAUUCAACCAGAUGAUUAGCGAUAUUCGACCGGAGGAUUUUAACAUUGAGUACAACAGUAUCAACCCGUUCAAGUUCAUGGGCAACGGAUUCACUGAGUACGAGAUGACGGAGGGAAAUGACCUAUCAUUCUAUGUAGAGGUUGCAGAUAAAGUCUCCUCAGAUUGA